GAAAACAUCUGUAAGACAUGGCAGUGAAAACAACUCAGGUUAUGCGAGCAAGUUUUUUAGAAGAGCAAAACGUAGGAAUGGAGCUUUAGUUGCAGCCCACUAAUUGAUAUGAAAACAUUACAGAAAAUAAGUUACAGAUAAUAGCCCCGCAAAGGUAGCUGUCAUAGCCAGGCAUGUUUCUGCCGACUAUUAACUAAAGAGUAAUUCUUUAGAGAAAUACUGAAAGAAAACGGUAAACAAAAGUCCUCACAGCAGCUUUAAUUGAUACAUUCAGAUUUGUUGCCCUGACAUUAAACCAUUAUUCCAUUCGAUUAUUUGUUUUAUAUUAUUAAGAAAUGAACUAAACCAAGCUCUGCACAUUUUAACAUGAUAUAAUAUUGUGUUGUUUUUAAUCAACAGAGUUUAACUAACUUACAGUUCUAUAACAUCUAUGUUCUUCUUCUUCAUUUAUUUGACUGAGGAUUUCACACCAGUGGAACAGUUAGCGUCACAAGAGGUUUCCUAAGGUCAGGCAAGUUAUAACUGAGGGUAAGAUUCCAGGGAUUACAUCAUCUGUUUGAUGUUAUCACCACCCUCCAAAGAGGAGGGCGUUGUUUUUCUCAUAGGUCUGGCUUUGCACGCCAUCACUCUCUCUACAAUGGUUUUUGGUUCAGGUGUACGUGUAGAAUGAGAAGGAGGUGGAGAAGUGGAACAGGGAACAGCCAAAGUAAACAAAGAGCAUUUUGCACUCGUCAGUGCACAUUGUAAACGGCACUAAAGCAGAUUAAGUAUGACUUGCAAGUCUUACGAACAAGAAAAAAAAGAUUGUGAAGGAGAAAUUAGAGCAUGGCAGUAAUAAAAUGACUAAAGAGAAUAAAGAAAAUAUUUUGUAAAACAUGGGCUUCAUUCAUGUUGCAUUAUGUUACAAGUACAAAUAUUUAAAUAAUCUAGUAAGUAUGGAAUAUAACCCUUAAGUGGAGAGAAAUAUGUAGUUUCCGACUUCAUUGGACCUUGCCACAAAUUCCCCUGCCAGGUUGGCAAUUUUUAUUCUUGUUACAGAGGAGUGAUGUCUACGGGGAAAACUCAGGGGGGGCUCAUUGCAUUUAAAGAGACACACACACCAAAACGGAGCGUUCUGAGAGAGCUGGUUUAUACAGGGUCACAAACCUCCUCUGGUCAAAAUAUAACAUGAAUCAAGCACCAAAGCACAGCACAGAUGUUUCAUUUAGAGCACAGGGGACUGUUUGAAACGGUGGAAAAGGGGGAUAAUAUGUCCUCUUUAAAGCAAGCAGGCUUGCAGAACAAUAAAGAUAAAGUCAGCUUGUAGUAAGGAGAUAUUAUCUGGAUUGUAUCCCCUCUAUGGGGGAACGGUAACACUGAACAAAUCAAAUGCUACAGAUAUGAGCAAAGUAAAAAAAGAAGAAGCAGUUGCUAGUCCUAUGAAGUGAAGCUAAAUAAAAUGCUGCUGCACUUUAGUGUUGGCAGGCUGAGCUCACAGUAAAAUGGUGUGAUGUCUUUAAUGACUCAGGUGUCAACCACAACCACAGGUGUGGUAAGUGAAUGAAGACUGACUGGAAAACAGUGCUCUUACUGCAAAUGCAUUUUGUACUUUUACAUAUUAAUGAAAAGUAUACCAAUACUUGUGUAAUAAAUAAAUGUUUAUUUGUACGUAUAUAAAGGAAUAGGUUAUGUCAUCAGAAUCUAAUCCAAGCCUUACAUUCGGAGCAAUUUGUGGCUAAGAAUCUUUUCCUGGAACACUGUUUUGUUAACAAGGUCCAGCUGGUGCAAUUGUUUCGUUUUAUAAAAUGAACUUUUAGCUCAUUUGACCCAUCUCAUACUCUGUUUCAACAUCCAAAAACAUUUUAGUAGAUGGCAUUUUUUUAGUCUUCAAUUUUCUAUUCUUUUUAAAGGUGCACUACGGAGAUUUGGUAGUGAAAUUUGUGUGAAACAAUUCUAUGCUAUAUUUUCUGAACUAAAUACACAAACUUUAUUCAAAGGAAAAAAUAAGUUCCUGAACACUGUUUGGAGCUAAAAAGCUACCAGGAGAGUUACAGUUUCACUGUUGUGGACCCCCCACCAUAACUUCUCAUGAAGCAUUUUAUAUUCAAUUCAGUGUUCCAGGGACCAAAUUUUCCUCUGAGGACAGUUUGUGUAUACAGUUAUGAAAUAAACCACAGAAUCUGUACACUUCUCCAACUUUCACAUUUCUCUACCAAAACUACAUAGUGCACCUUUAAAAUAUUCUAAUAUAUAUUGUACCGUGGAACUAUUAUAUCGCUACAUCACUAGUUGUAGAGAAUCAAGACCAGAGGACCAAAUCUUUCUCAGUUUGUCUUUUUUUAAAACAGAGGACACCAAAUAACCUUUCAUUUUUGACUUAAGAGACCCACAGUACAGGUACAGAAGAACUUACAAAGACAAUUAACAUGAUCCAAUAAACAUUACCUAACUCAAAUACAUGAAAACAGCACCAAUUGAAAUGCUAUUUGCUGUGCAGCACAGCACAGGGGACAUUUUUCCACACUAAAUGUGUUUUAAGAAAAAGGCUAUUGCUUUGUCUCCUUUCUACACAUUGAGUGGUCAUGAAUACCAUCCAGUCCUUUUUUAAAAAAAAAUUUGGCCUAGAAUGUAAAAACACAGUACAGUAUCCUACAUUUAGAUAAUUUAUCAUUUAACAAUAAACAUGUUCCAAAUAAAUAACAAGUAUCUCUUACAUGCUACAGAAAAAAAAAGGUGUGAUUUCCCCCUUCGCUUGACUUGGAUUCCUGCCCACCUAGUUUCCGUUAAGCUACAAAAGGUUGUAGAUAGAGUGCUACUUGCAAGAUAGUUCAUCCUUUGUUCAGCAACCAUGAAAAUCACAUACUGCAUUUUAAGUUUCUUCCAGCUGCUCUCCCUAACUGGCUCUUCUGAGAGUGGAAUAGUAGGUGGUAGGGUUGCAAAACCUCAUUCUAGACCCUACAUGGCAUCUCUCCAAGUCGAUGAAGAUCAUAAAUGUGGUGGGAUACUCAUUCGGGAGGACUUUGUUCUAACUGCAGCACACUGCAAACAAUCGGAUCACAUGACAGUAGUACUUGGAGCACAUGAUAUAAACAAGAGAGAGAAAAGUCAGCAACGGAUUCAAGUGGCCGAGUUCUAUCCACACCAGAGAUUUAUUGGAGAGUAUGACUAUGACAUCAUGUUACUCAAGUUAAAACACAGUGCCACUCUGAACAAGUACGUAAAUGUCAUAGACGAAAUCCUGGCCAACAUUAACUGUGCUGUUGCUGGAUGGGGCUAUACAGAACCAGAUGGACAUCCCUCAAACGUACUGAAGGAGACCAAGGAAAAGAUGCAAUUCCCCUUUGAGUGCAAGAAAAUUUGGGCUGAUUUCUUCAAUAGUCACCACAUGAUAUGCACUAAAUUUGACAAAAAGAAAGGAGGGAUUUGCCAGGGGGAUUCAGGGGGACCACUUAUCUGCAAGAACAAACUUCAGGGUAUGACUAUUUUCACCUCAAGAGGUGAUUGUAAUAAUCCCAAGUAUCCUCAUGUCUUCAACAAAAUCCAGUUUUUUCUUCCCUGGAUUGAGAAACGGAUCACUGGAUAGUUGAACGUGGCUCAUAAAGGUUAUAGUUUCAGACCACAGAGGUCAGUCAUAAUGCAAACUUUUGAAGUUGAACCGCUUCCUGUCUGUGAAACCCGUCAUCUGCGGAGAAAGUGAAAGUAAUGUGUUUAAAGGAACAUUUUAAAUUUAAAGCCAAGUACUAGCUACUAACAAUGUCAUAAUGUAUUGAAGUUAAAAUAUCUAUCCAUCAAAAAUAUGAAUGUCAUUGUUUUUUGUUUUACAAGUGAAAUAAAGAUGAGAUGAAAUACA